AUGGCGUCCGCCGACGCGGAGAAGACGGAGAUGAAGAUCGAGGGUACACUCGAGGCCGCCGAGGAACUGAACAAUGACCCGCAGUCCCGUGUGAACCCGGAGAAGAUCGAGGCAAUGGUCGUGGAGGACGCGCAAGAAGCUGGGGUGCCUGCAUACCAGUUCGACCCCGAUGCCUCACCAGAAGCUAAGGCCAAUGCGGCGAAAGGGCGCUUGCCGCCGGAUUUCCAUCACCCCAAGAAGCCUGCGGGCGUUUCAGUAAUUACGGAUAAGGUCGAUGGGAAAGCCGAUUAUGAUCUGCCCCCCCCGCAAUCCGCGACCGCCAUUAUGGCUGAGGAUGCGACAUUGGCUGCGGAGGGAGAGAAGCCUAAUGAUGACGAUCUACGAUGGGCGCGCAAUCGAACUGGGUGGGCGCCGAAAUUCGUUACUGAGAAGCUGGCCAGUCUUGACGAGGAAGGCACAUUGCUUGAUCACCAGGAUUUCCUGGAGGGCAGGCUCCCGGAUAAAUUCUUCGGUGAUUGGUAUCACAAUGCCGCGAUCAUCGUAUUCGCUUGUCUGUCCUCGUGGAUGGUUGCCGUUCUGGGAGGUGGUAUUGGGUGGGUGUUGAUGGUCAUGGCAGCAUGCAGCACCUACUACCGAACCUCCAUUCGCCGAGUGCGCCGUAACUUCCGUGACGAUAUCAGCCGCGAAAUGUCCAAGCAGCGCCUGGAGACCGACACUGAGAGUCUUGAGUGGAUCAACAGCUUCUUGGUUAAGUUCUGGCCUAUCUACGCCCCGGUGCUUUGCGACACCAUUAUCAACUCCGUCGACCAGGUGCUCAGUACCUCGACCCCAGCCUUCCUCGACAGCUUGCGCCUUAAGACCUUCAUCCUCGGUACCAAGCCUCCUCGUUUGGAGCACGUCAAGACCUACCCCAAGACCGAACCCGACACUGUUAUUAUGGACUGGAAGUUUAGCUUCACCCCCAACGACACCAUGGAUUUGACUGCUCGCCAGAUGAAGGACAAGAUCAACCCCAAGGUCGUACUGGAGGUCCGUCUUGGUAAGGGUGUUGUUAGCAAGGGUCUCGACGUGAUUGUGGAGGACAUGGCUUGCUCCGGUUUGAUGCGCGUCAAGGUCAAGCUCCAGAUCCCAUUCCCCCACAUCGAGCGUGUGGACGUUUGCUUCUUGGAUAAGCCCGAGCUCGACUACGUCUGCAAGCCCCUCGGUGGUGAUACUCUCGGAUUCGAUAUCAACUUCAUUCCCGGUCUGGAGCACUUCAUCAAGGACCAGAUUCACGCCAAUCUGCAGCCCAUGAUGUACGAUCCUAAUGUCUUCCCCAUUGAGAUUGCCAAGAUGCUUGCUGGAAACCCCGUCGAUCAGGCCAUUGGUGUUGUGGCCAUCACUCUGCAUGGUGCCCACCAGCUCAAGAACCCCGAUAAAUUCUCUGGUACUCCCGACCCGUACGCUGUGGUUUCUCUGAACAACCGCUCUGAGCUUGGCCGUACCAAGAUCAUCCACGAUACGGAUAGUCCCCGUUGGAACGAGACUAUCUACGUUAUUAUCACCUCGUUCACUGAUGCCCUGUCUAUCGCUGCUUACGAUUGGAACGAAUACCGCAAGGACAAGGAAAUGGGUACCGCUAGUUUUGCAUUGGACAAGCUUGAACAGGAGCCUUCGCAUGAAGGUAUUUACUUGGAAGUGCAGGCCAGUGGCCGUAACCGUGGUGCCAUUCAAGCCGAUAUCCGGUUCUUCCCCGUCCUCGAAGGCCGCAAGUCGGAGACCGGCGAGGCGGAACCCGCCCCUGAACUCAACACUGGUAUCGCUCAGUUCACUGUCGAACAGGCCAAGGACCUGGAUGGAAGCAAGAGCCUGGUUGGCAAGCUGAACCCCUACGGUGUUUUGCUUCUGAACGGCAAGGAGAUUCACAUCACGAACAAGCUGAAGCGCACCAACAACCCUAUCUUCCAGAAUGCCUCCAAGGAGUUCCUCGUUACGGAUCGCAAGAAUGCCAAGCUGGGUCUUAUCAUCAAGGAUGAUCGUGAUCUCAUGGCCGACCCCAUUGUUGGUCGCUAUCAGAUUAAGAUGAAUGACAUGAUUAAGAUGAUGGAGCGCGGCCAGCAGUGGUUCCAUCUCCACGGUGCUAAGAACGGUCGUGCCAAGAUGAUGCUGCACUGGAAGCCUGUUGCCCUGGGAGGCAUCGGCAGUGCCGGCUACAUCGAUCCUAUUGGUGUAAUGCGUUUCCACUUCAAGAGAGCUUCGAACCUGCGCAACCUAGAGGCCAUGGGCAAGUCUGACCCGUACGCUCGUGUGCUGCUAUCUGGUAUGACUCGCGGUCGCACUGUUACCUUCCGAAACAAUCUUAACCCCGAGUGGGAUGAGGUCGUUUACGUGCCUAUCCGCAGCGUUCGUGAGAAGCUGACUGUCGAGGUGAUGGAUGAGGAGACUAUCAACAAGGACCGUACUCUUGGUUGGUGCGAUCUCAAUGCCUCCGACUUCGUCCGUGAGAGCGAGACCGGCGAGUACGAAAUCGACGAUGAGAAGCAGCCUAUCAGCAGCCCUCUCAAGAUCAGCGGUGGUUCACCCAAGGGUGAACUCCACUACACUGUUGCUUUCUAUCCCACUGUUCCUGUUGUCAACCCCGAGGACGAGGACGAGGAAGAGGAAGAGUCGGAUGCCCUUGGCACUCCAGGCCCUGACGAUCCUCGGAAGAGCACCGAGUCCAAGGUUCGGAGCACGCACGCUAAGUCUGCUAGCGUUGACUCGAAAGCUUCCAAGGCCUCUAAGGCUCUGUCGAAUGGCACUACUCCUAAUGGUACCAAUGGCGACUCCAGCGUUAGCCGCAACAGCCUGGAAACGAAUGGAUCCCGGCCUGCUACUGGACCCCUGUCCGAGACCGCAUCUGUGCGGUCGAUCAAGUCUAUUCCCCGGACUUUUGUCAGUGCGGAGGAUCUGGAGAAAUAUGAAUCCGGUUUCAUUGUGUUCAAGUUCCACGAGGGUCAACUGGCUCAUGCCCAUGUGCAGCUGGAGGUCUUGAUGGAUGACUACAUGUUCCCCUCAUACAUCUCAUCGAAAAUUCACACCACGACUGCUAAGUUCACUGAUGUCGGUGAGGCCUUCGUCCGUGAGCUCGAGUUCUCCAAGAUCACCCUCCGUCUCGUUCACAAGGAUGACCCCAAGGAUUCCAGUGAGGAGAACACUGUCGCCAAGCUAACCGGCGACACCCUGCCUACCCUCAUGCGCAUGCUGUAUACCCCCACCGAACUUGUCCUCCGCUCCAACACCGGCGAGGUGAGCAAGGUCACCGUCAGUGCCCGCUAUAUCCCCACCCAGAUGAAGCUCGACCCUAGGGAGAGUAUCAACAACAUGGGUACUCUGCGUGUUGACGUUCUCGAUGCCGCCGAACUUCCCGCCGCCGACCGCAACGGCUUCAGUGACCCUUACUGCAAGUUCCACCUAGGCGAUGACAAAGAUAGUGUGUUCAAGACCAAGGUGCAGAAGAAGACUCUUCACCCAGCCUGGAACGAGUUCUUUGAAACCCCCAUCAAAUCCCGUAUCGGCGCCAAUUUCCGCGUCGACGUCUUCGAUUGGGACUUUGGUGACAAGGCUGACUGGCUUGGUGCUUCUCCAAUUGACCUCGAGAUGCUCGAGCCUUUCCAAGCACAGGAGGUCACCCUUCCUCUGGAUGGCAAGUCCGGAGUCAUCCGCCUGAAGCUCCUCUUCAAGCCUAGCUACGUUAUGCGCUCUCGCCAAGGCUCCUCUACCUUCUCGGGUACCUUUGCCGUCCCCGGAAAGAUUGUGGGUGCCCCCGUGAAGGGUGUCGGCUUCGUUGGCGGCAACGUUGUCCGCGGUGCUUCAUUCCUCAAGCAUGGCCUCAUGUCCCGUCUCCAUAAGGACAAGGGCGAUGAUGCUGCUUCAAUCAUGGAUAGCAUUGAAGAGCCCCAAGCCAGAGGCGACCGCCUAACCCCCGCCGCCUCCAUCGCCGAAGCCCCCACCACCCCCAACGCCAACGGCUCCUCCCCAAGCAGCCCGAAACAGGAACACAGCCGUAACCGCAGCUCGGCCUCCCAGUUCGGCGAUCGCCUCAGCGUAUUCGGUGGCAAUAGCCGUGCCGACACAGGAACGGCUAACAUCACCGUCGUCUCGGCAUCCGGAUACCCUACCUCGGCCAAUGUGCGCGUCAUCGUCAGCCGCCCUACCUCCCGUGGCACUAAGGAACUCCACAAGACGAAGGCCCACAAGAACUCCAACGGUAGUGUAAUCUACGAUGACUCCUUCAAGGUCCCCAACAUCACUGCCGACAAGCAGUACUCCAUCAAGGUCGUUGACCACGCCACCUUCGGCUCGGACGAUGUUCUCGGCGAGGGAGUCUUCUUCGUUGACGAUCAGGGUUCAGUCGCGGGUCAAGACAAAUCUAUUUCUGCUGGCGAGGGUGAGGUUGUCAUCCGCUCUAGCUUUGCGCCAUCCGAGUCCAACCUCAGACCAACUACCUCGCACUCAACGGCCGGCGCCGGCGAUAUCUCCGAAGGAGCCGAGAGUCCUGAUUCUCGGAAGAUGCCUCGCAGAAGUUUCUUGAGUAAGAGAGGUGGUGAGAGGAGCGUCAGUGGGGCGUAA